UGUCAGUAUCAGUACACGCGCAGCCGUCGGCGCUGACGCAUGCGCCUCGCAGCGUGCCAUGCGUUAGCCCCAUGGUGUACCCCGAGGCGUCCCGUUGGGGAGCGCCCGACACGCUAGCGCCCCUCUACGAUGACGUCUACCGAGCCGACGGAGUACUCUCAACGGUGAACGUGGUAGAGGCGUUACAAGAAUUCUGGCAAGUGAAGGCUUCGAGGAAUGGCGGCGCGGCGAGCGGCGGCAGCGGCGCGCUCGUCAUAUACGAGUCCGUGCCCGCCGCGCACCCGCCCUACGUAUGCUACGUCACACUGCCGGGAGGCGCCUGCUUCGGCAGCUUUCAGAACUGUCCCACAAAAGCUGAGGCGCGGCGCAGCGCAGCGAAGAUCGCUCUCAUGAACAGCGUGUUCAACGAGCACGAGUCUCGACGCAUCUCGGAGCACUUCAUCGAGAAGGCUGUGGCGGAAGCACGCGCGUCCUUCGCUGGGGACGCGGCCAGCCACCACCAGGACCCCAGCGCUGGGAUUGCGGCCUUUAGGUUUAUGCUAGAAGCAAACAAAGGGCGCACGAUGCUGGAGUUCCAGGAACUGAUGACGGUAUUCCAGCUGUUACAUUGGAACGGCUCGCUUCGUGCCAUGCGCGAGCGACAGUGUUCGAGGCAAGAAGUGGUCGCGCACUACUCCGCCCGGGCGUUGGACGAUGCGAUGCGUGAGCAGAUGGCGCGGGAGUGGGCGUCGAGGGAACGGGAGGCGGCGGGGGCGGGGGGCGGCGUGCUGCGGAACGAGCUGGCGCGGGCGGAGCGGGAACUGCGCGCGGCGCGGCUGGCGGCGCGGGAGCUGCGCUUCCCGAAGGAGAAGCGCGACAUACUGAUCCUCGCCGCGCGCCUCGCUCCGCCGCAGCAGCAACAGUGAUCUCACCGCGCGACUCUAAACAUUUUUUGUUAUUUAAGUAUAGUUUUAUAGUG